CCAGUCAGCUGACGUUCAGCACAUCCGCCUGACCCGCUACUGUUUACAAAUCAGCACAGAGUCCGAUACAGCAGAAUGAGGAGUCCUGCAUGAUCUGAACAGAGUCAUCCUUUUCUUUGGAGUCUUGGCUGAGGAGAAUCACGAGGCUGUGACAGUCCGGCUGGGUCGCGGUCAUGCAGCACCCCAAUUUCGAAACCCGCCACCCACUCCAGACAGACGAGCAGCAGGAGACAGGCUUCGACCCGCUCAAUAAUUUCAACAAGAACCGCAGCAGAGGAUCACUUGACAGCAGCACUUACUCACAGUCCCAGUCAACCUUCCUCUCAUACAGGAAAGAAUGGGACGACUUGUUCCUCAACAGUAAUUACCUGGCCAGGAUCCGGCAGGCAGGCAUCAACGGGCGGCUGAGGAGCAGCCGCUUUCGGAGCGUAUGCUGGAAGUUGUACCUGGAGGCUCUGCCAGAAGAUAAGGGCCAGUGGAUCAACAAGACCAAGGAGCUGCGGGGCCAGUAUGAGAAGAUCAAAGAGACGCACAUUACAAACCCUCGCAAGGCUGCCGGCCAGCAGGACCUGGUGGUCAACAACCCGCUGUCCCAGGAUGAAGGGAGCCUGUGGAACAAGUUCUUCCAGGAUAAAGAGCUGAAGGGGAUGAUCAAGCAGGAUGUGAUGAGAACUUUCCCAGAGAUUCGUUAUUUCCAGGACGACGAUGUGAGGACCAAGCUGACGGACAUUCUCUUCUGUUACGCCAGAGAGAACGAACAGUUACUGUAUAAACAGGGGAUGCACGAGCUGCUGGCUCCCAUAGUGUUUGUGCUGCACUGUGACCAUCAAGCCUUCCAACACGCCAGCGAGACGGCCAGCCCCAGUGAGGAGAUGAAGUGUUUGUUGAACCCAGCGUACCUUGAGCACGAUGCCUAUGCCUUGUUCUCGCAGCUGAUGGAGACAGCAGAGCCGUGGUUCUCCAGCUUUGAGAGGGAAGUGAGGAAGGGUAAGGAAGAGAUGCUGACCAGCAUCCCGUUCGCACGGCCCCAGGACUCUGGGCCAUCUGUUGCCAUAGUCACCAAAGUCAACCGCAUCCAGGACCAGCUGGUGAAGAAGCAUGACAUUGAACUGCACAUGCACCUCAACCGGCUGGAGAUCGCCCCUCAAAUCUACGGCAUCCGGUGGGUACGUCUGCUGUUCGGCCGCGAGUUCCCGCUCCAGGACCUGCUGGUGGUGUGGGACGCCCUGUUUGCUGACAGCAUCACUCUGGACCUGGUGGACUACGUCUUUGUUGCCAUGCUGCUCUACAUCCGAGAUGCUCUCAUCGCCAGUAACUUUCAGACCUGCCUGGGCCUGUUAAUGCACUACCCUCCAUUAGGAGACAUCAACUCCCUGCUGCAAAAGGCUCUUUUCCUCCGAGAUCCCAAAAACUAUCCACGUCCUGUCAACUACCAGUUUCAGCAGAAUCUGGAUUACUACAAAACAAGGGGAGCCGACCUGAUGAACAAGUCACGUUCUGGUUCUACAAAAACAGCCCCCCUCAACAUCAACAAGGUCUCCAGCAGCCUGCUGAGCUUUGGCAGGAAGCUCAUCGCGCCGGCAAUAUCGAGUGGGUCCGGUGGUAUCUCACCAAUCAACAGCGAGGUACACUCCUCGUCCUCCUCGUCCUCCUCAACCUCCCCUGCAUCGGCGCCAGCGCCCACCCUGCCUCACCCUCUAGCCGAGCCCCCACCAGGCCCCGCCCCACUCCAGACCCAGAGCCACGCCCAGACUCAGCACUACCGCCUGCUCAAGUCCGAGAGCAUGCCUGUCCACCUCAGCAAAGAUGUAGUUUCAGGUGGAGUGUCUCAGGUCGCUCUCCCAGCCCAGACUCACACUGACACACAAGGCCAAAGCUCCAGGACGGUCAGCUCCUCUCCCAGCAUAGAAAGCCUCUCCGGUGGACGAGCUCAAUCCACUGCCUCCCCGCCUCUUCCCCCCUCCCGAGGGAGCGAUGUCAGCACUUCAUCUCCGCCUCUCUCCGCCACCAAGAAGGAGUCUUUCUUCAACAUCACUCGCUCUCGCUCCCACAGCAAGACCAUGGGCAAGAAAGAGUCGGACGAGGACCUGGAGGCCCAGGUGUCAUUCCUUCAGGGCCAGAUCAAUGACCUUGAGGCUAUGAGCAAAUACUGUGCCAAGAUGAUGAACACUCACAUCUGUAAAAUCCAGGAAGUGAUUCUCCAAGAAAACCUGGAGAAAGAGGAUGAGGUCCUGGUGUCACUAGCUGGACUAAAACAAAUCAAAGACAUCCUCAAGGGGGCGCUGCGUUUCAACCAAAGCCAGCUGGAGGCCGAGGAGAAUGAGGAGAUCUCCAUCGCUGAUGAUCACUAUACAUCCACAGCGGUUGCUGAAACUGCUCUGAGCGCCAACAGUCACCAAGGUGACCACCAACAAGAAGGAAGCAGCAGGCAGAUCCGAGACUCCGAUAUGGACGGGAGUGUCAGCACUGAUGAGAAGGAGGAAGAGGAGGAGCAGGCGAUGACCCCACCUGAGCAACAGGUGGCGUCUUCACUCGGCUCCGAGGGUAAGAACUGGGAUGACUACAUCCUUGUGUGCCAGGACGGAGACCUGCCGGCUGCUGAAGGAGGAGGAGGAGGAGAAGGAAGAGCCGCAGCCGAGCGCACCCCACCGAUCAGGCGAGGGCGCGGCUUGGUGCGAAUGGAGCCUGAGGGCGCGGCAGGAACCUUCAGCGACCCCCUGAUGGCCGGCAUCACCUCGGGCUCCUCCAGUCCAGACGAGGGCUCCACCCACAGCAAGGACUCUGACUUCACCAUCGUCAACCCGAAUGACCUGUGAACGAGCAAAUCGCCCCUACUUCUCCUCCUCUUAUACCUUUAUCGCAUCCCAUACCGAGGAUGUGAUAAAAAAUAAACUGACUUAGGAUCAGAGGGUGGAAUCUGCAGUUUUUGGUGGCGCACCGCCGGAGCUGCUGUCAGCUAAAAAAAAUUGCACAUGUGGACUGUGACACUUCCAGUCACAAAUACCUUAUACUCUGUCUCUUUACCUGUCAUCUGUGCCACCUCAGUCCUGUCUAAGCUGAUGCUGUAGGCUCUCUCAUUUACCCUAAUGCCUGUCUCCUCAUUACGUUGUGUCCCCGUCACUCAUGAUAUUUAAUUGCAGCACUCUGCUCUACAGAGAGAGGGUGCCAUUGAACUGCUUACCCUGUCACUACAUGAUUACUCUGAAGAGUUGGACCUCAAACUGCUAUUUCUUUCUAGGGGAGGACUCCCUCCUCUUGGACUUACUGUAAUGAUCAGGAGUGUGAUACUCUUGAUUCUUCUGAAUGUGGAGAUCUGGCCAUACCUCUGCUUGUGUUGUGUCUGUAUGUCUAUGUCCUUACAGAGGAAGCUCUCUUCUCUGAUACUCAACGGAAAGACGCAUGACGUCCUCCUGCCAGUUACGGAGGGCAGCUUUCUCACCCUCAUAAACCAGUGCCUCUGACCAUUAUUCUUCUCUCAACCAAACAAAACCUGACUCUGUGAUCUUUACUCUUUGUUAGCAUUCUUGUUUUUGUUUUUAAGAAAAUAUUUUUAACCCUUAGUUUAGUUUACUGAAUGAAAAUUAUUAAAUUAUGGAGUAAUUUUGUUCCCCCUUUUGUUUUGUUUUUAAUUGAUUCCAAUACGGACAUUUUAAUGUGAUUAUUUUCAUUUCUCACAUUACAACUGAGUUCUUGUGUCCUGUGGAAAUCAUGUAUAGCAGCACACACAAAGAAUGUCCCUCUAGCUGCCCAUUCAGCAUAAUUAACUCAAGACCAAUAAAACUACAUUGCUCUUGCUACA